AUGACUUGGGUCUCUCACAUGUUUGAUGGCAUGUUCAUCCCUAAAGUUCGACCUGGUGAGAAAUGGAAGCACGAGAUAACCUCGGUUAAGAUGUUUGACCACCUGGUGAAGGUCAACAGUCUGGAGGAGGUCAUGGUGCGCCACGGGCUGACUCUUCCUGACGACCUGAAUUUUAUUAGGGAGCAGAUCAUCGGGCCGCUGGACAACCCCAUCUUGAACAGAUCGUGGCCAUAUGAGGGCAGGCCGAUGGAGAAAUCGUUCCUGUACGAGAUAGUAGCAAACAAAAGAAACGGUAUCGAUGUGGAUAAGUGGGACUACUUAGCGAGGGAUUGCUAUCAUCUCGGCAUUCAGAACAACUUCGACUACCGGCGCUUCCUCAAAUUUGCGCGAGUGUGUGAAGUGAGAGGAAAGAAACACAUCUGCACCAGAGACAAGGAAGUUGGCAAUCUCUACGACAUGUUCCACACUCGUAACUGCCUCCAUCGCCGGGCGUAUCAGCACAAAGUGGGCAACAUCAUCGAGACCAUGAUAACGGAGGCUUUUGUAAAAGCUGAUCCUCAUAUUCAGAUCCAGGGCUCUUCUGGGAGGAUCUUCAGCAUCUCUUCAGCUAUAGACGACAUGGAGGCCUACACCAAACUCACAGAUCACAUAUUUGAGCAGAUUCUGUACUCGUCUGCGCCGGAGCUGUCUGAGGCUCGAGCCAUCCUACACAACAUCGUCUGCAGCCGGCUGUACAAGUGUGUGGGUCAGACCACAGCUGAGACGCACCUGGACACCUCACCGGAGAAGCUACUGGACUGGGCAAAGGAAGUCGCCUGCUCAAAACCCAGUGGCACAGACGCCAACCUUAUAGCCGAGGACUUUGUAGUUAGUGUCAUUCACAUGGAUUAUGGAAUGAAGGAGAAAAACCCCAUCAACAAUGUCCAUUUCUACUGCAAGAAAGAUCCCACCAAAGCCAUCAAGAUCCGCAAAAAUCAGGUGUCCAAACUGCUGCCAGAGCGCUUCGCCGAGCAGCUGAUCAGGGUUUACUGUAAGAAGACGGAUGACAAGAGCCUAGAAGCUGCUAAGAAGUACUUUGUCCAGUGGUGCAUGGACAGGAACUUCACCAAACCCCAGGAUGGAGACGUCAUCGCCCCAGAGCUCACCCCACUCAAACGGGACCAGCACACGCUGGAGCGAGACGGCGAGGACAGUGAUGGCAGCGAUGAACACAGUCGUCCCGGAACAAGACAGGAAACGCCCAGGAAGACCGGGCAUAAUGUGAAAGUCAGCCUCUUUCAAGCUCAGGAGGAAUGCAGACUCAACCACUGGCCCUCGCUGCGCUUCUCUCUGUGACCAGAUGCUCAUUCUGUCACAGAGUGUUUUUGAGCUUCAUUUAAACUGUGUUUGCCUCUGUUUGCUUUUAUUUUCAGCUUUAAUAUCAUGUUCACAGCCAGGGUUUUAAUGCAACUCGCACCUCUGACACAGAGACACUUUAUUAUACAUCAAUCCAGAAUGAAUGUCUCUCUUCUCCAUCCAUCGUGUUUCGAUGCAGAGGGAAAAGUUAAAUGCGUUUUGGCAUUCUUUUUUUUUAUUAUUUAUUUAUUAUUUAUUUAAAACUUUUUAUCAGGGACUCACUGUUACUUCUUUCCUUCUGUUAAUCGGCCCUCCACUCACUCGCAGUGUGGAGAAACUCAUGUUAUAAUGGCUCUCGAAGAUGAUGGCAUUUUAUAUAUCUAUAUGUGAGCACUAUAUAACUAUAUUUUUUUAGACUUCAGCCUCUUUGUAUUACAGUAAUGGGUGAUGGUGGCCUGAUUUUCUUGGAUCUGGUUUCAGAUGUUCUCAUCUUCUCAUCAGUACAGGCUUUUGCUGUGAACAGGAAUCUGACUCCGUUAUGCUCGGUUAUAUUUCAGUCUGUACUGACGUAUUAAAAGUCACAGCACAAUCUCAUCAAGGCUGUUGUACAGAAAAAGGUUCCCUUGAGGAACAUGUUGCACAUGUGAUGCUUGGAGAUGUCGUGCUGAAACAAUGCAAACUCAAUCAACAUCUCAAAAUCCAGAGCAUGCAAAUAAAAAUCCAGUCAUGCAAUUCUUUGUUUUAAUGUACGACUCAUGGCCUGAUAGUGAACAUG